AUGGGAGAUAUACCAGCGGUAAAGACGAUUGGGGCCAAAGAGCCUGCGUUAUCGAUGGCGUCUAAGCUUGGUGACAAGGCAAAACCAGAGCAAGAAGUUUAUGGCUGUGGUUUUGAAAGCGGACCCAGCCGUCCACCGACUCCUCAUGGCGCUGGUUUCCCAGAUAACUGCGCAGAGGUCGUUCAAGGAAUCUACAGAAGUAGUUUCCCGCUGCCAGUCCAUAUCAGCAGCAUCGCUCAGCUUGGCUUAAAGACAAUUGUGACUCUUGUCAAUGAAGAGUGGUCGCCUGAGUAUAAAGCAUUCGUCAAGAAUAACGGAAUCACCUCUCACAUCAUCCCAAUUCUCGCAAACAAAGACCCUGAGAUCUAUACCCCUGUUAGCACUGUUGUUGAGGUGUUGAAAAUCCUCCUUGACCCCAGAAACCAUCCUGUGUUGGUUCAUUGCAAUAAGGGAAAGCAUCGAACUGGAUGCAUCAUGGCUUGUUUCCGCAAAGCGCAAGGAUGGUCUUGCUUAUCAGCUUUGUCGGAGUAUCUCUAUUUUGCCUCGCCCAAGGCUCGAGUUUUGGACCGCAAUUACAUCCAGAAAUUUGAUGAGACCUUGGUAGCCGAUCUCGUCAAAAGGGCUGGUGCUGAGCAAUGGUAUCCGAGCUUCCCACCAAUCAAACACACCCUUGACGGCGGAAAAGAAGAAAAUUACCAGGUCAACGGUAAUAAGGGCAAGAAACCCGAGCUCGGAACCAGCGCACCUCCAGCUGCAUUCCAUAGCAACAUGAGGGAACUUCGACACACCAACAGCAUCUAA